AAAAAAACAACGGACCAAACAAUUUCACAAUGGCGACUUUCAACACUCAAAACUUUUCUUCGUCCUUCAACUUCGAAGAUUUUUCAUCCCGAUUGAACGAGCCAGAAGCUAAACUUAUAAUUGUUGAUAUUGCUAAUGAAGUAUCUUCAAGUCAAGUAGGUAAACCUGAUAUAGAAGACGACCAAAAAAGAUGGCUGAUUGUUGGGAUAUGUCUACACAGUGUCAUAUCUCCUGCAUUAAGAAAGUAUAUACCACCUGUUGUAAGCCAGCUCUACAACAAAUUGAAGCAAACAAACAAGAUAGACACACAAUCAUUUGCGCAACACAUGAAGCGUUAUAAACCAACAAACAAAGAAUUGAACUACGAGGCGAUCAAUAACAACAGUGCCAUACCAAAAGUGAAAGGAAAAAAAGAUGAACAGAAAUACAACUAUGAUGUAACAAACGAUGUAGAUCUGACUAAACUGUUCAUGAUUACCAGCAUGGCACACUAUACCGGAUUCGACGACACAUGUGACUCCUCAGCUCUCCUUGGGAAUCAUUGUUAACAUAGAUACAUUCCCAGCUUUACCACGAAAAACGGCUGAAAAGUUAAGAACGGAUAUUCGAAAUCCGUGGGCACACUGCAACUUUUCUGAAUGGGACGUGAUCAAGUACCAAAACUCAUUCCAACUGAUGCAUCAGUUCAUUAGAAAUCUGUUACUUCCAGUUCAAGAUGAGACAGCAAUUCUUGCACAGCUGAUGAAAUGGCAAACAAAUGGACUGCAAUUUUUGCAAGGGACAACACUUGGACUUGAACUGGUGCAAGAACUUAAAAAUGAGACCAGGGCAUUAAGUAAAUACAUUCUUGAUGUUGUUUCAAAAAAUGAUACGAGUUUUCAAGUUGUUCACACAUCGAUACUGUCAAUAGAAAGUUCGUUAAAUAAAACACUUGAAAGAAUUAAUAACAUUGAAACUCAGAGUCUUCAGAUGAAAGUGGACAUACAGUCGUUAACAGAUGCGGUGACAGGUAUGCAAGAUUCACAAAAAGCAGAUUUUGAAAGUGUUGAAAAGAUGAAGGCUGAAUUGAGCAAUGUUCAAACAAUAAAACUCAUUCACAACUUGCUGAUUCAACUAUUAAAGUUUCCCAAUUAGAAAGUCGUGUAGACAGUCUUUCAUUGAACGUUUCUGGAAAUAUGAAUACAUUGCAUGACAUAAAUACAGAGGUAAAUGUUGUAAAGAAUGAACUAAAGGGGACACAAGAAGCUCUUAAAACUAGUACACUUAACUUUCAAAGUACAAAGUCAGACGUCGCUAAAAAUACUUUGGAUAUCGCUAAUAUAGCAAAAUACCUAUCAUAUGACAGACCCAAUGGAAAAGUAUUCUUUUAUCCUCCGGACAGGGUUUCUACAUUCGUUAGUCGCCUAGAUGAAUUGGAACAACUGCAAAAAGGGUUUAAAAGUCGAAGUAGUGAAACACAUACACAAGUUAUUUGCGGGUUAGGGGGAAUCGGUAAAACAACGUUGGCAGUAGAAUAUGCAUGGACAUUUCAAACAUUUUAUCCUGGAGGUGUGUUUUGGAUGUCAGCAGAAACAAAUGAAGCAUUGGAAGAUUCUGUACAACGUCUUGCUAUAGACACAAAUACUGUUGGAAAGAAUGCUAAAGAAACGCUAGGUUAAAACGCUUAAAUGGUUGUCCUGUGUUCAAGAGAGUUGGCUCUUGUUUAUCGACAACGUGGACAUGGAUGAAAUUCAGGGAAGUGUGAAAGAAAUACUUCUCUCACCUUGGAAAAGGGGUUCAAAGGGGCAUAUCAUUAUCACUUCUCGGAGAGAAGCACAGAACGCAGAAGAGACAUUCUAUGUGAGAUUGACGACUGCAUCUCUUUAGAUGUUUUAAAUAGGAACGAAAGUGUUGAAUUUAUGAUGAUACGUACAGGUCAGAGUGGUAAAAUAACGAUAGUUUAUUAGAAUUAGCAGAAGAGCUCGGUGGACUUCCACUCGCUUUGGAACAAGCAGCUGCUUACAUAAAAGCUAUACACUGUUCAUUUGAUGAGUAUCUGAAAAAAUUUAAACGGAAGAGAUUAGGUGUACUCAAAGCAGUAAGAUCACAAUAUGAUGUGUCAAAAGAACGUUUAGCGGUGCGAACAACUUGGCAAUUAAACUUUGAAUACAUUGAAAAACAAUCUCGGGAAGAUGGACUUGGAUUUUCAGCAAUAACUGUGAUGGAAAUUGUGGCCUUCCUAUAUGCUGACGAUAUCCCGAUGAUUCUUUUAAAUGUUGGCUCGCCAAACAUUCUUGACGAAGAUCUACUCGACAUUUUUGAAGAAGAAAUGGGAAUUAAACAAGUUGCUGAAAUACUAUCACGAUUCUCUUUGUUUAACAGAUACAGCACUAAUAGCAUGAGUGUGCAUCGUUUAGUUCAGGAGGUAAUCCGACAGAAUAUUAAAGGUGCAGAGAGAAAUGCUUUCAUCUUACAGUGUGCAUCACGAAUGGUCAAUAUGGCGUUAGAAAACACACAAUCGCCAACGGAUGCAUUACAAGAGGAAAAUAUAGGGAGAGCUUCCUUACAAAUGUGGAGUAAGUUAGCACUCAAUGCAAAUACUCUAAAAACUUAUCUGUUUGACUACACAAAAAGACAUGAAACAUCGAAACACAUCUGCUUUAACAUAGAAACAACAAGGAUUUUACAAACUAGUGCAAUAUAUCACAGUCUGUACCAAAGGCAGGACGAGGCCUUAGCAUGUCAAGCGCAAAUGCUGAGCAUUAUACCGGCUCUUUCAAUUUCAGAACGUGACUAUAAUUAUCUGACCAGAAUUAAGAUACCUCUUCUACAGAAUGAUAGGCUUAUUCUUCAAAGUAGCAUAACAAUGGUUAUACCAGCAGACUCGGUUGCAUCGUCAGAUCCUAGUCAAGACCAAACUAUCGCACUUUUGGAUACAGAAUCGUUGCACAAGAUGGGAAAUGAUGCAUUUAAGGAGGCAAGAUACCAAGUUGCAAUACAAUGUUAUUCUGAGGCGAUCACAGCAAGUAAUGAAAAGAUUGACAUAACAAAGUAUCUAACAAACAGAAGUCUGGCGUACUUAAGAAUAUGCGACUAUGAGAAUGCUUUACGCGAUGCAGAUAAGUGCAUACAAAUCGAUCCGAAAUCAUACAAAGCCUAUUGUUGGAAAGCGUAUGCAAUAGGAAAUCUCAUACGUCUUGAAGUUUUACCUAAAUCCUGGGAGUCUGCCGGAUUAGCUGCAGCAGCUGUUGCUGGACACCUAAACAAACAAUGCUUACUGGAAUACAGGAUGAAAAUUGAAUAUCCGGUGGUAAGAUACAAAAUAAUUGAAAAUGAAUCUGAACUUGGCAUGGAAAUAUCGUCCAUGAUGAACAGGACGUAUACAACAUUACUUUUGCGUAGAGGCAGAUACAAAAUUGCGCUUGAUAAAGGGGAGAUCACUACCAAAAGCGUUCAGAUCAUUGGCAUUGAGGAUGAAGUUCAAAUUCAUAGCACAUUUGGCGUUGCUUUGGUAAAUCCGAAACAGUUUUUGCCCCAGUUUCAGAUUGAACAAAAGAUAAAUGUUUAUUUUGAAAAUGUCUCUUUUCCAAAUGAAACUGGUCAGAUAACAAUCCGCACUGGUGUUAAUGCAAUAUUCUACAAAUGCAAAUUCUCAAACGCGAAAAAGGGAUGCGAAAAAUUUCCAUUUUGCGAUGGUUAUUCCGGUUGUGUCAAUCCAUGUACUGACGAAUGCAGCUCUUUAUUUUUGAAACAAAGGAAUGUGUCAGCUCCGCAUCCCAGUGGCGUUGUUGGUUGUCCAGGCAUUUGUGCAAGUGAAAAUGGAAAUGUAUUGAUUGACAACUGUCUUCUUGAUAGGUGUGGUGGUGGUGGAACUUUAAGUGCAGAAGGGGCUGUGUUAAAGAUCAAGAACAGUGUUGUUUGUAAUAUGAGACAGAUGGGUAUUGAAGCAAGAGAUGGUGGCACUACCAUUGUUGAAAAUUGUACAAUUUGUGACAAUCAGUUUCACGGGGUGGCUAUAGGACCAAUGGGAAAAGGACAUAUAAAAAAUUGUAUCAUACAGAAUAACAAAAAUGAAGGUAUCUGGUGUGGUGGCAACUUGACAAAUGUAGGUGAAUCACGUUUAGCAUUCACAACAGAUUCAGGAGGUGGGUCUACAUGCAAGAUAUUGGAUAAUUUGAUCUAUCAAAAUGGUAUGUCAGGAAUUUCAUUAGAUGGUGGAUCGUAUGAUGUGUCCGGAAAUAGAAUUUUUGACAACUGGCUUUGGGGAAUGAUGGUAAAAUCUCGAUCAACAACAAAUAUUUGCAACAACGAUAUAUUUGAGAAUAAAUGCGGUGGUAUAAGGAUUGGAGUAAAUUAUUCAGGUGUAGUCGUAUUAGAUGGAAAUUCCAUCCGGGAUCAUACUGGCCCUGCUAUUCACACAGAAACGGAUCCAGAUGUGAGUCUUUUCGGAAGAUCAUUGCCCGCAAGUCCGAUGAUGAAAGAUAUUGGUAUGUUGGAUGAUGAGAGCAAUAUAUUUUCAAUACCACCUAUUAUUACUACAAGGAAUGUUUUUGAGAAAAAUAACAGAGGGCAGCAACAUCCAAGUAAGAUGUCAGUCCUUCUAGAAACUUGUUGUUUCUGUCAUGCUUUUUCCAAAACAUUGAAAAAAUGUGCGAAGUGUAAAAAGGCAAGUUAUUGUUCAAAGGAAUGUCAAACACAUCACUGGAAACGACACAAGUCCAUAUGCAAACUAAUUGUUGAAAACUUUACAGUAGAUAUUAAGAUGGUAAAUACAGUGAAAUGGAACGAUUUUCUCAGUCCUGGAAAGUCUGUAGUGCGGGGGACUAAUGCUCCGUUACCAGGUUUAGGAAAGGGUCAACCUCCAGACAAAUUAAGUGAAAGGAAAUUUAUCAUUAAAGUACAGUCGGGAACAGAAUACACGCCAUAUAAUCCAAACAAAGAUUUAAGGCUGUAUGACCAAACACAGACACUAGACGUAUUUUUCAAAAGCCCUACAAUUUGUCACUUGGUUUUUGAAUGUGGAGUUCUUGCUGCAACAAAAUUCACUACUAAGAAAAUGUUCUGCUGGGCUUCUUAUAAAUGUAGAGGCAGCGUUCUUCGUAUCUAUACAGACAACUUGCCUCCUUUUCAAACGUGGUAAAGUUGUGUUACUGUUUUGCUACUUUCAAGCAAAGAUUCGAAAAAAUCUAGGAGAAAACAGUUGUUUGUCAAAUUCCUAAGAACCUAUAUAAAACUGAGUCGUCAUGUAGUCUACCAUGGUAACAUAUAAUAUGAUGCAGACACAGUGUAGUUUAACAUGAACUUGGUCGGCAAGAAUCAUUCUCGUAGACAUUAACUACAAGUCAGGAAAAUAAAAAAAAAAUACUAUUAAUAGGAUUACUACACACUUUAUUAUUUGAAAGAUUUCUAAAUGAAUAAUUUAUAGAUUUUCUGGUAUAUACACAUACUUAUACUUAAUAAUAAUAAAGGGAAAGAAGGGAUUAAUCUCAUUGGAUUUAACGGCAUUUAAAUCAGAGUUCAUGUGUGAUUUUUACGAAUGCGUCAAAGAAUUUAUACAUAUAUGCAUGGAUUUAUUGUAAUAUAAAUCCGUGAUAUAUGGACGGUGGAAAAUUGAGAUGAAAAGAAAAGGUGACCAAAAGAAUAAAGAACGUUCGCCUAUCCAAAUGAUCUCCUUCUUAACCAUCGUCAGUGUUAACUUCUUAGGUAAUUUCCUACGAUUGUAUCCUUUUUAAGAAGCGCUAGAGGCAGUACAUCGUCGGAUAGCAAUUAAUAUUUAUCAUAUCACAUGUCAUGUUACAUGUUAAUCGGCCGAAGGUAUCCGACGAUGGAGGCAGUAUCAUUAUUCUUUGUUAUAACUAUGGAAAUCUUGGUCUAUAAGUGUUGUUUUUACGUUGCUGUUUAAAUGAUAUUGUUUUGAUAUCAGAAUCCAGUACCUUUUUCCAAUUAAACAUUUUUCUGGUGAAAAAAUUAUGUCAAAUCAAAAAUCACUCACUAUGAUAUGUAAUAAAUAUUUUUUUUAAUUUCUAUGUACAGCGGACGCAGUGUUGUUUAUUUGUGAUUUUAGAUAAGUAUAUUUGUUUUAACGUCGUACUUUACUAUUGGUUAUGUUUAUUUUGAAAGUAAGUCAGUAAAUAUGCUAACUAUGAUUUUUUUCUUGUAUUUUGUUACAAAGACAAUUUGAUGAUUUUGUAAAAAAAAAUGUAUUAACAAUUAGAGUUAUGCACAUUUGUAAUAUCAAUUUUCAUUUGACACUUAUGACAUUUAUUUAUAGUUUCUGUAUACACAGAUGCUGCAAAAUUCAUGAAUCAAUUAUAUCUUAAUUGAAGAAAACAGUUGUAUCAUAAAUUUGUUAUUUUUCUCAAGUUAUAUAACUGUUUGUUAUAUAAGCUUUCAUAGAGACACUGAUUUAAAUUAUAAUAGUUAAUAUUGGGUCAUAUAGCAUGUUAUAAACCUCACAUAUUGUAUAUGGAUGCAGCUGUUUCCAAUCAGUGUUCAAUGAAGAUUUUUUUCUUUCAUCCUUUUCUUAUUAUUUUAUUAGAUUUUUCUUAGAUGUAUCGAUCAAUUGUCAUUUCCGUAUUAAGAAAUUGAAGAUAAUGAAAGAAAGUUGAAAAAAGAAGUAUUGAAUUGAAGGUGUUAACAAAAUAAUCAUAUGAUUUGUAUCUUAUUUGUGGGAAUAAAAUUUGAACAAAAA